AUGGUAACAAGUGAAAAAAGUUCAUCAAAUGAAAUGAUAAAAUUUCCAAAUGAAUUAAUAAAAAUCGUUUGGGGAGAUAAAAUAGAAGAAUCAAUAUUUGAACGUUGGUCUCAACCAUUUGAGUUUUCAACAGAUGAACGAUCAGCAUUAAUUCAAUAUGAAGGUGGUCCAUGUUCGGUUUUAACAACAGUUCAAGCACAUUUAUUAAAUGAAUUAAUUUUUUGUCGACGUUGUUUAAAUGAUUGGCGUCAAGCAUCAAAUGAUGAAAUUGAUUUACAUUUUUUAAAUGCACUUGUUUCUAUUCUUCAUUUAUUAUCAUCAUCAAAUAAUAAAAUUUAUUUAGCUUAUUUUAAUAAUGAUAAACAAAAAAAAACUUUAACAAUAAAUCAAUUUCAUCAACAAAUUCAAUUUCGUUUAUGUCAAACAAAUAUUGAUUUAAAACAAGAAAUUUUUUCACGUCUUCAAAUGUGGAAAAAUUCUUAUGGUGUUUUACUUUUUCUUUAUUCAUGUUUAAUGACAAAAACAAUUGAUUUAUUAAAAAAAGAAAUUGAUGAUGAAACAACAUUACCUUUAAUUGAUAUUGCACAUGGACAUGGAAGUCAAUGUUUAACUAAUUUAUUAAUAACUGGUUUUGCUACACCACAUUGUUUUGAUGGAGAUAAAGAUAUAUCUGGUUUUAAAUUAUAUGGUAUACGUCAACAAGCUUAUAUUGGAUUUUUAUCAUCACUUGAAAUUUAUCGUUUAAUGGAAGUUGGAUGGUUUUUAAAAAAUCCUAAAACUCCUAUCUGGAUUCUUGGAUCUGAAACACAUUUAACUGUUAUUUUUUCAAGAGAACAAGCUUUAGUAGAAUUAGAAAAUGAUACACCUUUAAAAAAAGCUUUAAAAAGUAAGUUUUUAUUUAUUCACUACAUAACUUCGUUUUUUUUUCUUUUUAAUUACUUCGAUCAUAUCAAAUAUAGAGUAAUAGAGAUACUUUUAUUCUUCAUAAAUAGAUUUAAGAAACUUUCUUUCGGAAUAGUCUAAUAGAGAAAAUAAUCUUCUAUUUUUCUAUACUAUUUUAAUAUCAUAAUUAUAAUAAACUUUCGACAAAAGACUUUUCUUCCUAUGAUUGAUAUGUGCUUUGUAUUAUUAGGCCCUAUUUAAUAUUUUUUAAUAAAAAUUUUGAUAUAAACAAGAUAGAGAAUUAAGGUUUUCAUCGUUCGAAAAAGGAGAUCAACAUGUAUAGAAUCAUAUAUUAUACGUUUUUCUAGUAUAUGGUUUCAUGUUUGUUUAAUCAGUUUUCUAAAUGUGGGGAAAAUGUUUUUUUUUUUUUUUAUCAAAAAGGAAACAAUAAAAAAUUCUUUUACAUAAAUAUGUCAGAAAAAUCACUUUAAACUUCGACUAGAAUACUUAUUACUUCUCAAUAAUUAAUUUGAGAUCUCUGAACCUUGUACAGUUUUGUAGAUCUUUGAUCAGCUGUUUUAAAACAUAUAUGACAAUUGAGAAAUCAAUAUAAACACAUCACAAUUAGAUUUAUUUUCAAAAAGGUUAAUUAAAAACCUUUAAAGAAUUAACAUAAAAAAAAACAUCUAUAAUAUAUGAUUAGAUGCAUAUUCAUCUUCUCUUUUGAAUGAUGAAAACUACACUUCUCUAUUUUGUUUCUAUAAAAAUUUAUCCAACAAAAUAUCCACUGAAUAGGGAUUAGUACUACAAGGCACAUAUAAUAGUUUUAAAAAGUCAGAUAAAAUAGCAUAGGAAAAUAGAAGAUUAUUUUCUCUAUUAGACUAU